AUGUCCGUUCGAAGUCGCAUCUGUUGUGCGGUCAAACGUCGACUCGACUGCGGUGGGAGCAGAAGAACUUGCAUAAGCAAAGAUCUGAGCUUGUUCGGGGAUGAAUAAUUCUGCUGCUAGCACGAGCUCUGGAUCGGGGGAUGUACCGGCUCCCAGGCGGAAUUCCAACAGGCCGAAGUAUUCCAGGUUUACACAGCAAGAGCUACCAGCUUGUAAACCAAUCCUUACUCCAAGAUGGGUGAUAACUGUUUUCACACUUAUUGGUGUCAUUUUUGUCCCCAUUGGUGUUGCAGCGCUGAUGGCCUCCAACAAGGUUGUUGAAAUUGUAUAUCGUUAUGAUGCAGUUUGCAUACAUGGAAACACAAAGGAUGAAAAGGUUGCAUACAUCCAGAAUGCAAAUACUAGCAAAACCUGCAUUAUAACACUCACGGUACCAAAAGACAUGGAUCAACCUAUUUAUGUCUACUACCAGCUCGAUAACUUCUACCAGAACCAUAGGAGAUAUGUAAAGAGCCGAAAUGAUGCACAGCUCAAGGACUCUGACAAAGCAAAUGAUACUAGUGGUUGUGAUCCUGAAAAGACUACACCUGAUGGUUCUCCAAUUCUCCCUUGCGGUCUUAUUGCAUGGAGUUUAUUUAAUGAUACUUACAGUUUUUCCAUUGGCAACCAAAAUUUGACUGUGAACAAGGUGGGCAUUUCUUGGAAAAGUGACAGGGAUCAUAAAUUUGGAGAUAAUGUCUUUCCAAGGAACUUUCAGAAUGGUACCAUGAAAGGCGGUGCUUCACUUAAUGAAAGCAUACCAUUGAGUCAGCAGGAGGAUCUCAUUGUUUGGAUGCGGACUGCUGCCCUUCCAACUUUCAGGAAGCCAUAUGGAAAAAUAGAACAAAAUCUUAGAGUAAAUGAAACCAUAACAGUGAUAAUACAGAAUUAUUACAAUACAUAUAGUUUUAGUGGCAAGAAGAAGUUGGUUCUUUCCACCUCAAGCUGGCUUGGUGGAAAAAAUGACUUUACUGGCAUUGCAUAUCUCACAAUUGGAGGACUAUGCUUCUUUUUGGCCACUGCCUUUACUGUGGUAUACUUGGUAAAGCCUAGGAAACUUGGGGACCCUUCAUACUUAUCAUGGAAUAGAAAUCCUUCUGGGCACUAAUUUGUUUUUGUUAAUGUAUGUUAAUGUAUUUUGCAUGUGUUAGUAAGAAAACAGAUUCCAGAAAUAAUGUAUAUGGAAGAAUGCUUGUCUUUCGAUUAUGACGGUUCUUGACUAGAUUGAUUAGCUUAAAACUAAUUAAACUUGCUCUUAAA